AUGAUCACUCAUGAAUAUGAAGUGGGUGAUGAAGAAAGUGGUGGCAACACAAAAAGAUCAAAGUCUACUGAAGAAGGGGACUAUUGUGUCCAAUCCAACACAGAAGGGGCAAAUAUUGGUGGUUCAAUAAUUAAACAUCCAACGGGUAGAGAUACGGCUAAAAGAAAAGAAAAAGGUAAGUCUUCUAACGAAAUUAUUGAAGAACUUCGUGCAAUGAGGCUUAGUAGAGACAGUGAAGUAGAAAUCAUGAGAAAAAUACUUGAAAUGGAUCAACAAAAGGUGCAACAAAGGGAGAAAAAAAUGGAUGAAAGGGAGCUAACGAAGAUGCAACUUGUGCAUUUGAACACACUCCUGCAAAAAGAGCCCCUAGCAUCAGACGAAGAAAACAUGAAACGCUUUCUAAUGUCGAAGUUUUAUGGAAACUAA